UCCGCACCAGCGGGAGCUGUGAAGGUGCAGCAGGAAUUAAACACGGAGCUUUGCGAUUGGUCGCUCAGCCAAAGAGCCCGCCUAAGACAUCACCAUGUUGGAUCUGAUUGGCUCACAGCCUCCCAAGCCACGCCCAGCGCUGCCCCACUGGCGCUGCUGGAACUCCCGGCAAGUAGUAGUGAUGUUGUGGUCAUCCAUGCCGCCGCCACUUGUCGCGUCGUUCCCGUGCACGGAAGGCCGCCCGCUGUGAAGAGCCCCCCCCACCCACGCAUGGAGUUGAGCUCGGACCGCGCGGUGGCAAGGCUGGAGAUGUCGCAGGUCCAGGGCGAAGACGGGGAGCCUUUCAGCGAGAGCAGCGACGGGUGCUACGAGAGCCUGCCGCCUCAUGUCUCCGUGACGACCCACAUGACAGCCGGAGCCGUGGCAGGCAUCCUGGAGCACACGGUGAUGUACCCCGUGGACUCCGUCAAGACGCGGAUGCAGAGCCUGCAGCCGGACCCCAACGCGCAGUACAAGAGCGUGUACGAAGCCCUGAAAAGGAUCAUCAAGACGGAGGGGCUCUUCAGGCCGCUGAGGGGUCUCAACAUCACCAUGAUGGGAGCGGGCCCCGCCCACGCGCUCUACUUCGCCUGCUACGAGCGCCUGAAGCACUCGCUGAGCGACAUCAUUCAGAGCGGAGGCAACAGCCACAUAGCCAACGGUGUGGCUGGGAGUGUGGCCACUGUUCUGCACGACGCCAUCAUGAAUCCAGCUGAAGUGGUAAAGCAGAGGAUGCAGAUGUACAACUCUCCGUACCGAGGGCUUUGGGACUGCGUUCGGACCGUGACGCACACCGAAGGCGUUGGCGCCUUCUACCGCAGCUACAGCACUCAGCUGACCAUGAACAUCCCCUUCCAGGCGGUUCACUUCAUCACCUACGAACUGAUGCAGGAGCAGCUGAACCCUCACAGGCGUUACAACCCGGGCAGCCACAUAUUGUCGGGAGCAGCGGCGGGGGCGGUCUCGGCUGCGGUGACCACCCCGCUGGACGUUUGCAAAACGCUGCUCAACACGCAGGAGAAUGUAGCGCUGACCUCUGUGAACGUCAGCGGACACCUGUCGGGCAUGGCCAACGCUUUCAGGACGGUGUACAGAGUCGGAGGUCUGGCGGCCUUCUUUAAAGGGGUCCAAGCUCGGAUUAUUUACCAGAUGCCGUCAACCGCCAUCGCCUGGUCGGUCUACGAGUUCUUCAAGUACUUCCUGACGAAGCAGAAGCUGGAGCAAGAGGCGGCAUCUGGGCGGCUGUAAUGUGCGCUUACCUAGACUGAUGAAACUAUCCAGCCCCUUAGGGUUGUGGUAGUCGGUAUGGAGGAAACGGCAUCGUGUCAGCCAGGUGGAGGUGUGUUUAGUGCCACGCCUCAUUGUCGUUCCAUUAUCCGGGCUUGUUUGGUGUUUUAGCUGCAGUUAGGGCCGCACAGCCUGUCUAGGCAACAAAAAUUAUUAUUAUUAUUUUAUUUUUAUUUUUUUUUAGACCUAUGGUGUCAGCCACAGCUCCGUUCCCUGGUGACUCCAUGUGGUGAGCACAUGAAGUUGUCUGCAACUGUUUAUUUUUCUGAAAUAUUGGAACUUUUUAUUUAUUUGGUUAGCCUCCACUAUCUUGGUGUUUAUGGACGGGGAGCAAAAACACUUCUGUUUGUUUUGUUGUGUGCUUAUGAAAACUUAUUUCAACAUUCUUUAAUUCCAGCACUCUGCGGAGAGACAGCAACGUUAUUUAUAUAAGUGCCUAAUGAAUCAAACACUGCUCUUGUUUUUUUUCUUUUUUUUUUUUAUUCAUUCCACGUCUUUGUUCUUUCACAUAAAACCAUCUGAUUUGCUUUUGCUCCAAGAUGUAUUAAAACACGCACAGUUCUGGCUCUAUUUCAAGGUGUAUCGGCCGUAAUGGACCACUUACAGGUGCAUCUCAGUAAAUCGGAAUAUCAUCAAAAAGAGAAUGUAUUUCAGUAAUGCAAUUCAAAAUUUGAAACUUGUUUUAUAGAUUAUCUACAAUUAUUUAUUGGAAGGAUCCCUGCAAGUCUGCACAGAAAAGUGGGUAUAGGAAGGAUUUAAUUGUGGGGGGGUUUUAUGCUUUGUUGCUUAUAGCUAAGGAAACCCCCAAAAGUAUUUCUGGAAAUUAGAAUAUUAUGUAAGACCAAUAAAAAGUAUUUUUAUACAGAAAUGUCAGUCUACUGAGAGGUAUGUCCAUGUGCUGUAGAGUAUACGCAAUCAGUAAAUGAGCAGCGCUCCUUCUGCUGAAGUGUUGCUUCAGGUCUUCUAUAAACGACUUUUCCUUCACAGUCAUCCCUUUGGCUUGGGGACAUUUCUGUAACACAGUUUUUCCUUCCACUUAACUUUACGGCCAUAUGCUUGGAUACGGCACUUUCUGAAUAGUCAGCUUCUUUAGCAUUGAUUUUUUUUUUUCUAUUUUUCUGAGUUUUUUUGUCUUCCCCUCCUUGUGCAUGGAGUCAGUGGCUGCCUGCAGGACAGGCGAAAAAGAGCACAUAGGCUCAGGCACUCUAAAGAACACCACCUCAUCUCUUGUAAUGAGCAGCAUCUCUAGAGCUUUAAAAAGCAUUCCUAAAACUUAUCCCGCAUUCUUUUCACAUUACAACCGCCAUCUUUAGUGUAUUUAUUAGGAUUGUAUGUAAUAUAACACAACGUUGUGGGUAAUUGUGGAUUGGGAGGAACAAAUUCAGCAGUAUUCUCCAUGGUUCUGUGGGUCUUAGCUUGCUCUUAAUGUCACAGCUUAGCAUGAAAAUCCAUUUUAAUUAUUUUCUAUUAGCCAUAAUAAUAGCAAUUAACCGAAUUGGAUAUUUUAAGAUAUUGUUUUUGGGAAAAACAAAUCCAUGAGCUUCACUUUUUGAACUGGAUUACCCAAAUAAACCUUUUACUGAUGUUCAAAUUUAUUGAGAUCUACCUGCAUUAGCCUUGUAAAAGAGGAAUACUACAAUGCUCCUGAGUCACGCACAAUUAGCUGUCGCAGACAGUGGCAACUUGUUUCUAUGAAUAUAUGACCUCUAUUUCUAUACAAAAGUUGACUAUUCCUGAGAAACGUCUUUAUGCAGGUCCAAAUGUGGCCCAAAUCCGACUGUUACUUUGGAGGAGGGCAAUGGUGUUUAGCUUUGGUUUGACCUGUUUUGUCAUAUCAACCCGAAAGGCUUUAAGAUUGUAUGAAUCAUCCAAAAUAUAUCUUUUACGUUCUGCUUGUUAUGCAGACUCGAUGAUCCAAAAUGUAAGCUUGUAAAUGAAUUUAUUUAAGCAAUAAAGCUGCAAUGGCUCUGUUUUGUGAAAUUAGUAAACCUGA